AUGGAAAUAAAAAUUUGUUUUUAUUCAAUAGUGUCUAGAUUUAAGAAUGAAAAAUGUAUAGUAAAAUUGUGUAUUGUACGUAAAUUGUUGAGAUGUACUUUUAGUAGAUGUAGUAGAGUUAGAAAUAUAAGUAUAAAAUGUUGUAAAUUAACGAGACGGGAUACAAUAGCGGUAGAAGCAGUCCGUGCUCUUCGACGACGUUAUCUCCCGAGGCUUCAAUGUGCGAAGUACAAACAGUUCUAAUGCAUGGAGAUAGAAUUUUUCGCGGUGCCGCGGCGCGCGGAGUCGUCGCGGUAAAAGGAGUUGAACGAGACAAUCCCCAUCGGCCCCUAGGAGAGGAGCAGACGCCGGCGGACGCGUUCGCGCCGCAGACUGCAGGGACCGAAGCGGAGGAGGCGGACGAAGACGCGGACGAGACCUUAAAGCCGAGCGACGUUGCGGACCAGUUGGAAGCGAGCGUGGAGGCGGAAGAGGAGGAGGAGGAGGCGUCGGCGGAGGUUACUUUGACUGAAGACGGGCAAGAUAAGGCCUGGGAGGAGACUUUGCAACAUCAUCGGGAUUUCUUGAAUAAGGUAUCUUCUCAACUACUUGAACGUCCAACAUCAGUGCACACAGAUGGAAGCAUCACCUGUGGAAUAAAAGAUACCGGUGCACUGACUGACCAUCGUUUGGAACUCUCAGAAGAACAACUUCAAGAAGACGUGCAAGCCGUCCUUCGAAGUCUUGACGAAGCUUUGGUGGCUCACGGUCUAGAAGACGAUUCAGCAAAAGAAGAAGAAGAAAAGAAGGCUCCUGAAGAAAAUAGAGUAAAGGAACACUUUGCUGAUAAGCUAAUGAAUCAAACCAAUGAACAUGCAAUCGGGAAGGAAAACAGGUUACAGAAAGAGGUAUUUCAAAAAGAUGAUUAUUCAAGUGAGCCUUUAGCCAAUCCUAUACAGAGAGAGAAAAAACGCGUGAGAUUUAACGUCGAUUUUCAGGAUACGGAAGGAAAGAAACGAAAAGAAGUGGCACUGCGACGUAAACGAAGAACAAAAAUACCGUGCCGAAAUAGUUUCUACAACACCGAUGGAUAUGAAUCUGACGAUGAUCAGUAUUACCAGUUUUCAUGGUCCCUACAGAAUGCGUCACCUCGGAAUGUAAAAUAUCAGGUAACUUCAUAACUCGCUUAUUAGUUGAAAAGUUUAGUAUUUGAAAAGCUUGAUUUUCGAAAAUCUAAUCAUUGUAAUUCUUGAAAACUUCAUUUAAAGUAGAAUUGAGAUUUUGAACGAACGAUAUUGAAAGUGCUCGUUUAGGUGCACAUACGAUACAGCGAUGUUACAUGUCAAGAAUAUGACGAGCUUACAUUACGUUCCCUCAAGAGUUUACCAAAUUAUCAAAUAAGCAUGAUUUUGUGUAGAAAAAUAUAACUAUUGAUAUCAUAAUUUUAAAAAGGUUUAAAAUUGUCUCUUAGUUUG